AUGGCCGCCGUUGGCGGCGGCACGAGCGGAGCGGCGGGCCCCCCCGGUUCCUCUGCAAAUGUGGAGGCCCAGUGUGCAGGUGUCUUGGAGGAUAAUACCCGUUUGUCAACAACCAGUCAAGGAUAUGUUUUACCAGAAGGAAAAAUCAUGCCAAACACAGUCUUUGUUGGUGGAAUUGAUAUAAGGAUGAAUGAAGCAGAAAUUCGGAGUUUCUUUGAACGAUACGGUACUGUGAAAGAGGUGAAAAUAAUCACUGACAGAACUGGUGUUUCCAAAGGGUAUGGAUUUGUAUCUUUCCUGGACAACGUGGAUGUUCAAAAAAUAGUAGAAUCACAAAUCAACUUCCAUGGCAAAAAGCUGAAACUGGGGCCAGCGAUUAGAAAGCAACAAAACUUGUGUUCUUAUGUGCAUCCCAGACCAUUAGUCUUCAAUCCUCCUGCACCACAGUUCCAUAGUGUAUGGGGUAAUCAAAAUACAGAGACAUACAUGCAGCCUCCAGCUGUAAUGAGCCCAGUAACACAGUAUGUUCAGACAUAUCCAUACAGUUCGCCAGCUUUAUUGAUACAGCAGCAAGUUCCUGUAGGAUAUCAGCCAGCCUACAACUACCAGGUUCAACCACAAUGGCUUGCUGGGGAGCAAAGAAAUUAUGUUAUGCCUCCGGUUUAUACUUCAGUAAGCUAUCACUGCACUGAGGAUCCAGAAUUUAUACAGACAGAAUGUGCUGUUCCAGAGCCCACGCAGUCGUCUACUAACAGUCCACAAAAGAAGUCUGUGGACAGGAGCAUACAAACAGUAGUAUCCUGUCUGUUUAAUCCUGAGAACCGUCUGAGGAACACCUUUGUAUCACAGGAAGACUACUUUAAGGAGAGGAAGGCGCAUCACUUCAGAAAAGGAAGAGCAGUACUCAAAAGUGUUUGA